CUGCUGCACCUGGCGCUGCUGCUGCCUGGGUUCUUGGGGGGCACGAGGGCCCCGUGCCCCUCCCCCUCACUGCUCCCCUUGGAGCCUGGCCCGGGAGUGGCCUCUUGACUCACGGGGCUUUAAGCAGAGGGCGCCGUCCUGGUGUCUGGGGGCAGGGAGCCGAUUCCUCGGCCUGUGCGACCUCAGCCCCAGCCAGCGCCCGCGCGGGGCACCGCUGCAUGGAAAGCCCUGGGCUCUGGGCUCCAGAGCCAACCUGCGGCGACUGCAGCACCUUGCCGGGGUCUACAGAGCUGUCCAGGGGAUGAACCGCGAGGGGGCUCCCGGGAAGAGUCCGGAGGAGAUGUACAUCCAGCAGAAGGUCCGGGUGCUGCUCAUGCUGAGGAAGAUGGGCUCGAACCUGACGGCCAGCGAGGAGGAGUUCCUGCGCACCUACGCGGGCGUGGUCAGCAGCCAGCUCAGCCAGCUGCCUCCGCACUCCAUCGACCAGGGUGCAGAGGACGUGGUGAUGGCGUUUUCCAGGUCGGAGACGGAGGACCGGAGGCAGUAGUGCGAGCCCCUUGGCACACCCUGGACGACAGCGAGGGCCAGAGCUGCGAGGGCUCCGCUCCGCCAGUGGCAGCAGACCCCUGCCCGCCUCCCCUCCCCCGCAGCCCCCACCCCCACCCCCCCUCGGCCUGGGGGCGCACGGAGCCGCCAUGGCGCGGUAGGGAUGGACUCACGAUUGGCUGCAGGAAGAAACCUUUUGAUUUUUAAAUCUUGACCAACAGAAACCUUUUAUUUUUAUUCCUGACUUUUUUUUUUUUUUAAUUUGCGCCUGGAACGUGGCUUCCCCGGAAGCUGCCUGCGCUCUGGUGCUUGGUUAGGUCACUUGUUAGGGAUGAGAAGAGGCCCAGAAGCCGCUUAAACUGGAAGAGGGGGCCGCGGGCUGGCCGUGGCUCGGCCGCAGGUGCUGUGCUGACAGCAGCUUCUCGCGCGACGCUGAGGACAGGGUCUGGGACACAGGUUGUUAUUUGACUUGAAAAAAAACAGAAAGAAAACCA